AUGGCGGCCGGGCCGGGGCCGUGGCUGCUGGGCUUGGGCUUGGCCUUGGGGCCGGCAGGCGUGUGGGCGCAGCUGAGGCUGGUGGAGGCCGGCGGAGGGCAGCGAGCGCCUGGGGACUCCGUGCUCCUCUCCUGCCGCGGACACGGCUUCGACUUCGGGGUAUACAACAUGUGGUGGUACCGUCAGGCACCCGGCGGCAGGCUGGAGUGGGUGUCCCUUAUCCAGCGUAAUUCAUCAGUGAUUCGAUACGGACGGGCAGUGGAUGGUCGAGCCACGGUGUCCCGGGACGAUUCCCGGUCUGAGAUAUCUCUGUCUCUAAGUGCCCUGAGCCCACAGGACUCUGCCCGCUACUUCUGUGCAGCGCCCACGGAGACAGGAAUUGCAUCUGAGAUCAUCGCUGGACAGGGGCUUGUGGUGCGCGCAGGAGCGCUGUGGGCGAGCAGGGGCCAUCCCGCGCCGGUGCUGCGUGCGGGGCCGUGGCCCUUGUCCCGCCCUUGCUGUGCGGCGGCCGUGCGGGUGCUCGGAGGGGCGUUUGGCGUGUGGGCGCAGUGGACGCUGCUGGAGGCCGGCGGAGGGCAGCGAGCGCCCGGGGACUCCGUGCUCCUCUCCUGCCGCGGACACGGCUUCGACUUCGGAACAUCCUAUAUGUGGUGGUACCGUCAGGCACCCGGCGGCAGGCUGGAGUGGGUGUCCCUUAUCUACCGUGAUUCAGCAGUGAUUCGAUACGGACGGGCAGUGGAUGGUCGAGCCACGGUGUCCCGGGACGAUUCCCGAUGUGAGACUGUAACAAGAGCAAGAGACAACCUGCCAGCCCUGGGGCCAUCUCCAGUGUCCCAGCAGCACCAGCCUGCAGUGCAGCUCCAGUGGAAGGUCGGGGUGGCCCUACAGCACAUCUCCUUUUGCCCAGCAGAGGUUUUGCUGCCAAUUAUUGCAACACGUGUCAGCAGCGUGCUGACAAAUAAGCUCGUCUUUGGCAGCGGGACGACUCUCACCGUUGAACCAAGCAAUAGAAACCACUCUGAGCCUCAAGUCGUUGUGAUGAAGUCAAAGCAACUGGAAGGAGAUGGCAACAGUGGGAAAGCAGCUUGUUUGGCAAGGAAGUUCUACACCAAGAACGUCACCUUGGAGGUGUCCUCUAGUGAAGUCAUAUACCAGCCAACUACACCCAUCCUGUCACCAGAAGGGUUGUAUGACACUGUUAAGGUGGUCAAUGUGACAAAAGGCACAGAGGUGUCCUGCACAGCCAAAUAUGAUGGCAGAGAUGUUACAGCCAAUGAGACACCACCAGAAAAGGAGGCUGGAGAAUCAGCACCAGAGGACGUUUGCCACACCACGGACACCUCUGCACAAGAUGCUGAAGGGGAGAAAACCAACAUGCUGUCUGUGGCUGUGUUGGGCUUGAGAGUCCUGCUGGCAAAAAGUAUUGCCCUCAGUGCACUCAUGAGCAUCAAGCUGCUUCUCUUCUGAGCUGGUGGAAGCAAGGCAGCAGCACCCUGAAGAGCAGCUGGAGAGAGCUUGUCCCAACGGGUCAAACAGCCAAAUCUGCUGACAACAACCAUCCAGAAGGCAACAGAGCACCCUCCCCUCCAGACAUUCCAUACUGCUGAGUCCUGCCUGUCUAGCUGAUUGGAUUUUAAGGCUUGUAGCUGCUUUUGCUGUUUCUUUUCCUCUGUGAACUGAGGAGACUGUGUUUGUCAUCAUUGCCCUGCUAAGUACAAGUUGAUCCCCUCCACUGUUCUUGCCUCUGCAUAGAAGCAUCCAGCCUGCUUCAAUAGCUUUGAAAAGCCCAGUCCUCAUGGACAUAUGACCCUUUUAAAACAGCAUUUACAGGCAUGUUGCAUUACUGCUGUACUACUGCUGGGAGAAUCCAGGCAGAGCAGAUGCUCUUUAUAGCUUUAAUGUUUCUUAGCUAGCUUUAACACCAACAGUUUCCUAGUGUGGAUGAGAAGACCUGUGUUGGAUGUGAAGUGAUUCACCCAGACAAUGUUGAGCCAUGGAAGUGUUUAUUAAACCUGCCAUUUCUUCUGCCCAAUGGACACAGCAUUUUAGUUUAGUGACCAAAAUAAAGCUUUGCUAAGCCUUAAAA